ACCCGCGCCGACACCACCGGAGCUCCGUCAACCAAUGAGCGGCCGCCGCAGCCUUAAGUAGGCCAAGCCGCUUCCGGGUUCUUUGAAGGAGGACUCGGACUGGACCGGAGCUCUUAGACCGGCACACGUUGGGGGGGAAACAACAACAACAAUAACAACAACAACAACAACAACAACAACGCCGCGUGGACAGGAAGACGCUUUUUAUUUUCAUGUUGUUCUUCAACAUCGAGCGGAUUACACUUUUUGGAAGAGGCGUGGGCUCGGAGGGUCGACGCCAAGCCGGAAGUGAAGGCGUCAGGUGGGCGGCACAGGUCAGGUGAUACAGGUCCACGACCUCGUCUGAACUCUAAGACCAGGACAACAAAGGAGGAGUGAGACGGGAAUCAGACUCGCAACUUCUUCAGUGUUUAUGGACUGCAGGCGGUGAUGUCUCCAGGCGAGGACGGUCUGAUCGGGAUCCCGUUUCCGGAGCACAGCAGCGAGAUCUUGUCGCACCUCAACAACCAGAGAAGGACGGGGCUCCUGUGUGACCUCACGCUGACCUCCCGCGGGGCCCGCUACCCGACUCACCGCUCCGUCAUGGCCGCCGUCAGCCUCUACUUCCGCCGGCUCUUUGGUGCCGAAGAAGGCGGCGGCGGUGGCGGUUUCAGCGUGUGCCAGCUGGACUGUGUGGCGCCGGACGCCCUGGACGCCCUGCUGGAGUUCGCCUACACGGCCACCCUCACCAUUCCCAGCUCGGGCAUGAGGGACGUCCUGCGAGGGGCGCGGCUCCUGGGCAUCCAGUGCGUGGCCGACGCCUGCAGCGACAUCCUCGGGGAGAAGGUGGAGCCUGCGGAGGAAGAGGAGCAGAGGAACCGGAGCAUGGCGGCUCCUCGGAGGCCGGGGGCGGAGCCCGGAGGAGAUCCCAGAUCCCGAAGAAAGACGGACAGAAAGAAGGUGAAGAAGGUGGGGUCCUACCACGUCACGCCGCCUGGGGCUUCGCCGGUCCCGCACCCUUCGCCUCUUUCGGAGAGCCAGCCACCGACCCGGCCGCCCAGCCCCCAGCCAGAGGAGCUCCUCUUCCGCUGGAGGCACGACAAAGAUCCCGGAGCGCUCAGAGGACCGGAGAGGGCGGCCACACUCAACGGAGGUCACCCGCCGUGGCCUGCGGCACACCCGCCUCCUGCCCCGCCCUCAGAAGACAAGCCGUCUGGGGGCGACGACACGGACGGCUUUGGCAACGAAUCGGCGCUGGCGGAAAGCGCGUCUGCUGUCACCUCUGUGGCCGGGGCAGGGGCCGAGGCGACGGCGGGAGGCCGGAAGAGGAAGUCCCAAACACCUCAGCAGUGUCCCGUCUGCCAGAAGAUCAUCCAUGGAGCGGGAAAACUUCCUCGCCACAUGCGGACGCACACGGGGGAGAAACCCUUCCAGUGCUCUGCCUGCGGGGUUCGCUUCACCAGGAACGACAAGUUGAAGAUCCACAUGAGGAAGCACACGGGCGAGCGUCCGUACUCGUGCCCACAUUGCUCCGCCCGCUUCCUGCACUCCUACGACCUGAAGAACCACCUGUGCCUGCAUAGCGGGGGGCGGCCCUUCGAGUGCCCGCUGUGCCACAAGGCCUUCGCCCGCCACGACCACCUGCAGCGCCACCGCAAGGGACUCAGCUGCCUGGAGAUGCGGCCCCGACGAGGCCCCGACCGUGAAGAGUGGGGCGGGGCGGAGGCGGACGCAGGCGGGCGGCGCACGGAGCCCUCGCCGGAGCCCUCGCCGGACCACUCCUCGCUCUUCCUCUCGCCCGCCGUGGCGGAGGCCGGCGUGUUCCGGCGCGACGGCGACACGGAGCGUGCGCUCGCCCUGCAGGCCCUGGCCCAGCUCAGCCCGCACAGCUUCACCAACUACCACCGUCUCAUGCUGCAGCGGGGCGGGGAGGAGGGGGCGGGGCCGGGUGACGCGGGCGAGGAGGACUAGUAAGACUAGAAGAGGAUGACUAGUAAGACUAGCAGAGGAGGACUAGUAAGACUAGCAGAGGAGGACUAGUAAGACUAGAAGAGGACUAGUAAGAAUCUUCACUCAGGGUGGACUCAAACACCAAAGCGCUUUCAAAAGUAACGAUCCAAAAAAAACACUUUUUUUUAGCGAUACUGAAACAUUUGUUGUUCCACUGGCACUUAGGGGUGGGCGAUACUUUGAUACCAACACUGAUAGUCAUAUGUUGAUUAUCGAUACUGAUAUCAAUCCUUUCACUUUCCCUACGCGAGCCUUUCCAAGACCAUUGAACCGCCUUCCAAUUCUAUUUGGAACUAACAUGUAAACACCAGACCGGUGAA